CAAUUCAGCCCGUAAGAACAGCCAGUGGACACUUGGCAGAUGAGUCGAUGCAUUCCCAAGAGUUUCCGAUGAAACCACUUCCGUUGAGCGGCCAUUGACUCGAGCCAUGGGGUGCAAAUAUCUGAGCAGACUACCAACCUGGCUCUACGCUGACGCGAACAUGGCCGUGACGUUUGUUCCAAUGAGCUUCACGUCUCACUGUGACGGCGUCACAAACUCGUACGUUAUGUUCCCUCCGACCCCAAGUCGGAUCGUACGAAAAAGCCAAGACCGCGAGUGCGGUCAAACUCAAAUUCCCACUUGGUCGUAUACGCAACCUAUGCGUAUUAUGGACUCGUUUACUUUUUAUUUUGCAAAACCCCCAGACCACAUCUCACUGAGUCAGUGUGUAGCCUUCUGGCCAGUGCUGAAAAAUAACCUGCCGGUGAAUGGUCGCGUCUUGAAUGCAGGGUCUUGAGAGGCAGCGAGUACGUGCAAUAUGACCUUUGCUUACUCGACGC